AAGAGUAGUCGGCGAUCAUGGCAUCUCCCAGGAGUCUGAUCGUGUUCGCUGUGGCCCUGGCCAUGGCCAUGGCCUUUGCGGCGACCUCAUCGUCGGCACAGAACACGCCACAGGACUUCGUCAACCUGCACAACAAGGCACGCGCCGCGGUGGGCGUCGGCCCCGUGACAUGGGACGCCAAGGUGGCCAGGUACGCCCAGAGCUACGCGGCGAAGCGCGCCGGCGACUGCGCGAUGGUGCACUCCAACGGGCCGUACGGCGAGAACCUCGCCAGGGGGACGGCGCUGAGCGCAGCGGACGCGGUGAAGAUGUGGGUGGACGAGAAGGCGCACUACCGCUACAACACCAACAGCUGCGACCCCGGCAAGGAGUGCCGGCACUACACGCAGGUGGUGUGGCGUAGAUCCACGCGCAUCGGCUGCGCUCGCGUCGUCUGCUCGGGCAACCGGAGCGUGUUCGUCAUCUGUAGCUACGAUCCCCCGGGUAACGUUAGGGGCCAGCGCCCGUUUGCCCGCGCUUGACCGGCUCGGCUUCAUGCCAAUAGGUGUGCUUAUAUAUAUACAUAUAUAUAAGUUUUCCAUAUCUGUGCGUACAUGCAUGUACACACGAGAAUAAGCACGUU